ACCAACUCUAUGGAUUUAUUCGAAAAAAUGGUCAUUUUAUACUCAAGUGCUAUUGGCAAAAACAGUAUAAGCCAGAUCACAAGGGUCUUAGCUUUUAUAAGGUAUCAGAUAAAGUCAAAUCGAAAGAGAAACCUAAAUGGAGAUUACUUGAAAGAUUACCCAAGGCCAUAUUAACACCACAUUCAUUUCCUGAAUUAUCUGGAGAAAGUAUUAAUGUAAAAGAAAUGGAGGAUGCCUUAGAUGCUUUUCCAAACUUUUUAAGUGAAGAUAAUGAAUCUGAAGCUAAACUUAAAGAAUUGGAAAAAUUCGAUUUCAAAAUAAGGCAAUAUCAAAAUAUUGUAGCCAACCUAAAGACACGUCGUUCCUGCAUAGCAAUUUUAGAUGAAGUCAAUGCCACCAUGUGCCAAAUGACUAGUGGGGUUCAUGCUCAGGAAUCGUCCAAUACUAUGCGCUAUUUGUUAAAUGUAGCUACUCAUAUUGUUGCUAUGGAUGCUUUUGCAAAUGAUUCAACUUUAGCUUUCUUAAAAUCCUAUCGAGGUGAGAAUGUUCGAGUUAUUGAUAACAAAUAUCAACCACGUAAAGGGGAGAUUAUUAAACUUCUUUACGAUCCAGAUAAAGGUUCAGAAGCUAUACGCAGAGGGUUUAGGAUGCUCCAAGAAGUUUAUUUCGGUCAAAUGGAUGGGAAGCAACGCCAAGAUGAUUUUGCUAAUAUUGAUGCCACCUGGAGCACUCUUGACUGUGUUGUUUAUACAAGCACUGUGGAAGCUGGCAUCUCCUUUGAAAUAUCUGAUUAUUUUGAUGCAGUUAUAGGAAUUACUAACAUUGCCACUUCAGUUCAUGUCGAAGCAUUUGCUCAGAUAUUGUUCAGAAUCUGUGACUACCUAUUUCAUAUGGUUUCCUUUUAUCAUAACAAAAAAUUUGAUAUUUUUAAAGAACCAUAUCAGGAACUCAUUCGGGCUGAACUUUCAGUAUUAAAACCUGAAAACUUACUAACUGCAAUAAAAGGUCUGCGUGAAUGGGAUAAAAUUUCUGAUUGUUAUGUACUUAAUUUAUCUUCAGCAGUUGAAACCUAUAUCGAAGUUGAAUAUCAGAAAUGCUUAUUAGCUAAAUAUUUUUCCGAGAUUCUUUGUAGCCUUAUUGCUAGUACUGGAGCAUCUCUUGAAUUAAUCCUAAUAGAAGAUGCUGAAAAAAAUACUGAGAAAAAAAUUAAAGACGAAGAUGCAGAAUUAAUAGCCAAUGCCCCAGAUAUUGGUGAUAUUGGAGGUAAGGAUGAUAUUCAGGAUUGGGGUAUAAAUAAUGAUGAUUGGAUUAAACUUUGUAAUAUAGAUUUCGUGAAAAAAUUCAAUAAUCCUGAACCUUUACAAUAUUUUAGAAGACUGGCAUAUUUCAGAAGACAAGGUUCCAAUGCUACAAAUUCUAUAGAAAAUCUAAAAAUCAAAGAAGAAAUGCAAUGGGAAGAUUCACACAAUUCUAUGGACCCUUCUUCAGUUGAUUUGCAUAAAUUUUAUUUGGCAAAACAAUGGGAGGCAGAAAAAAUCAUUAAAAUUCGAGAAGAUGCAUUAUUACUCUUUGGUUUUAAGACUCGAGCUAAAGGAUUGCCCGAUCUCAAUGUUGCAAUAAAAUUUAUUAAUGCAAUACUGAAUAAUGGAGCUGGUUUUAAAACUCAAGAAGAAAUAAUAGCUAUAAAAUUAAAUAAUCCUAAUUAUCACCCUACAGGUCCAAUUUUUCCUCUAUAUAAACUCGAAUUGAUCAAUGAAACUCAAGAACUUUUUGAUUCAAUACCUAUUACCACUGAUAUCGCCAUUUCAGAAGAAACAAAACUUCAAUCCUCUACAUUAUCCAGUAAUGAGAUUUGUGAAAAGAGUUCUUGCGAUAAUAUAACUGAACAAUUCUCAAGUAUUACUGAAACUAAGAUUGAGAUACCCAAAUCUUUAAUUUCUUUAUCUUCAGAAUAUCUUAUCAAAAACGAAUCUGAUAUUGAUACUCUUAUCUUUUAUUUACAAGAAAAAUUUAAUAUGUCAAAAGAAAGAUUGGAAAAAUGGAAAAAUGAUAUUUUCUUUGAAUUGCGAGAUAAUUAG